GCUGAGGGUUGGGGCUGUGUUCCGCCAUCGCGGCGCUGCCGGGUCCGAUCCGUGCCGGUUCGGGAUCGCUCUCCCCCCCGCCUCCCGGGAAUCCGCUGUGUGAUAACAGGGACACGUUUCCUUCCGGGAGGGUGCGGACGGGGUUGGUGCCUCGGUGGUGGUGGUUGCGGUGUAGGCCUCUGCGCUAUGGAUCCGUUUUUGAUACUGCUGAACUCCUUCUCCUUGAGGCUGUCGGAUAUGGAGCUCUCUUCCCUCAAGUUCCUCCUGAAGGGGAAGAUCGGGAAAAGGAAGCUUGAGGCUGCCCAGAGCGGCGGGGAGCUCUUCAGUAUCCUCCUCGAGCAGCAGCUGAUCUCAGGGGACGACACUGCGUUGCUUGAGGGCUUGUUUAAGAGUAUUAACAGAAACGACUUGGUCUCAGAACUAAAGCAGUUCGUGGAGGAAGGAGAAGUUACUGCUUCUGAUAAUCAACCAGAUGUGCAUGAAAAACGUCUUCAGAAUGCAGCUUUUGAAGUCAUAUGUGAAAAUGUCGGGAGAGACUGGAAGAUGCUGGUGCGAAAACUGGGCCUUUCUGAAGUGAAAAUUGACAGAAUAGUGGCAGGGAACCCAUUUAACUUGCAUGAACAGUUGUUUCAGUCCCUGCGAGCGUGGCAGAAAUGGAAGGGAAAAGAUGCAAAGGUGGCUGACUUACUGAAAGCCCUUCGGGGCUGCCAUAUGAAUCUGGUGGCAGACAUAGUUGAACAGAAGCUCUCACAAUUGGAUGCUGGAACCAGCUUACAGCAGUAUCAGAACAAUCCCACAUCCCCCAGAGAGGAUGAGAGAAGUACCAAGUGCCUUCCACUCUUCUGAACCAAACUCAGUAUUGGUGGUGCAGUUACUUUUUCUGCUAUUAAUUUACGUGCCUUAAUAUGUUGAUUUGUGGUCAGAUGAAGAUUAACAUAAAACCAAAUAACUUUGAGAUAAUGCUUUGUAGUUUUAUGCUUUAAGAGAUUUGAACUUUCACAAGACCUGAACUCUGUGUUGUAGACACUCUCACCAUUUCCUUCUACCAGUCACCUGAAAAUAAGAUCUGCUUUACUGCUGGUAAUUAUCAGAUGCAUCUGCUCUGAAAAUGCAUCUAUGGGACACUUCUGAGGCAGCUGUAAUUAAAAUUUCAUGGGGGGCUGGGUUUUUUUGUGACCUAUUAUACCUGUAGUAUGAAAGGGGGAAAGAUUCGCUUAGCUCUAUAUUAGGUUUUCUCUGUAAGUAGCAUAAGAUACUGUCUUCCAUAAUUUGUCAAAUACACUUGCCCUUUGUAAAAGGAUACAAAGAUGACUGCAACCUCUGGCUCCACAACUGCAGUGUGAGGAGGGUAGGAACUAUUGUGGUGGCUUUUUAUUGGCAGAAAAUGGUUGAAAAUUAACUAAUUGAAAUCAAAAUGUCUGCAUCAAGUGCCUUGCUUCAUCCCGAAGGCAAUGUUCUGAAGCUAUGAAAGAAACUCUGUGAGUGUCAGAUCUUUUUACUGCUGUCAGUGCAAGAUUCUUUCCUAGGAAUCCUCUCAAAACCUGCAUCACAGAUGUCUGUGUCACGAUCAUGUCUGCUGGAAGUCGCAGCUUACCUCAUAAGCAUCUGCAGUUAUCUGUGCUCAUAGUAACAAAACUGUGCUGUAACAGCCUAGGAAACAAACUGGGUUUAGUGAAGAGGUGUGGAAGCCUCCUGAGAGCAGAUGCAUAUGGACUUUCUCUAGUGGUAUCCCUUGAAGAUCAUCUGCUUUCCACCACAGGCUGUUGUCUUCAGAAGUUACUCCAGAUCCAACAGCUCUUCCAAGUCCUCUGCAGUUGUUUAGUUCAUUCCUGUGCCUUAACAUCUUUUGGACAUGGUUGUGAGCAACUCGCAGAGCAAAGAGGAUGUGAAUGAGACCAGAUUCAGCUUUAAUGCGGAACAGACUUCAGAAAUGGCCUUCAUGCCUAAGCUAAGGCUGGCAGAGUUGUACAAGUUUCAAGACAUGCAGGGCUGUAGAGAACUGUUCUCUUUGUGAGGGGGGAAAAGUCCUCUGAAAUUGUUGUGUUUGAGUAGGUUUCUUUGUUACUGCAGAUACUGGGAGAAGAGAGGCUCCUUUUUUGCUGUGACUUUGACCUCCUGUGAAGGCCAGGUGUCAGUGUGUAACAUAUCACUGCUCUGUAUAAAUGCUGUGACAUCGGUAACUUUCAAGUUCUUGCUUCUGGUUUACACAAUGACACCUGAAAACUUGAUCACAGUUAAUGGAAAGUGCUGUAAUGUGAACUUUCAGUAAGUGUUUGCCUUAACUGAUACAAGUGUUUUUCUAAUCAUCAUAUAUUAAAUAUCAGUGAUUGUAUCCAUGCAAAGAAGCCAUGGGUAAUACAGAAGUUCCCAUUUGUCUGCCUUUUGGGCAGGUACAGACCUAUAAGUGCUUGCUCCAACACUUGUGUCAGUUGCCAGCUCCAGACUUCCAGUAGGAGAUCCAGUGCUGCACUUCAGCUGAAUGACCACCUCAGAUGUUCUGGAGGGUUUUAUUUAAUAGAUACAGUCUUUCAUUCUAUAGCAUUUAAAGAAAAUUAUUGCUUCAGCCUUUUUUUGCUGUAUGCUUCUAAGCAAUCUGUGAGCAGAGUGGAGUAGAAGUGAAGUUAGCAAGAUGAGUUAUGUUUGUGUGAGACAGCUGUGCAACAGUUCUGAGUUCAAUAUGAGCACUAACAUGUUUUCCUUAUCCACUCAUACUAAGUCUUUUGGUUCUCAGAAGACAGAUUUAUCUGGAAUAUGAACAGAAGUAUCCUGGCUGCUGCAUAUAACCAAGGUAUCUUAGGAAUCAGUAGGAAUAACUUGUAGCCAAGUGCUUGUCAGCUGCAAGAAAUACUCUGCCUUGUAAGAUAAAAUCCCUCGUUUCUUUAAGGAUUUGUACACUGUGGAUGUGUAGAUGUGGAUCUACACUGCAUCAAUCUAUGCAGUACCUCAGGGCCAAUUAAAACUGCUUUUAUUAGAGAUUAAAAACUUAAUUAUGUGGGAAAAAGGUCAAAUGGAAUGAAUGGAACAAAAAAUUCUCAUUGGGAGGGAGGGGUAAGGGAAAAGGACUCAAUUUGUAAGGAGAUGUGUUGUGAUCCAGGGACUGUGCCUUUAUUUUCCAAUGAAGCUUUUUGGACUCAAAACUUAUUUUUACAACUUUUUAAUUCCAAGUUUUCUAUUGUAUCACUUUGUGCACAUUUCAUUAAAAAUACUAACUAAA